AUGGCUCACGAGCCUUGUAGUAGAUCAGAAAUAGGUAUUUACAUUUCUUUCUUUGUUUCUUUCUUUUCUUCUUUCUUUCCUUCCUUUUUAUUUUCUUCUUUUCUUCUUCCUUUCUUUUUUCUUUCUUUCUUUUUUCUUUCAUUCUUUCUUUCAUUCUUUCUUUCUUUCUUUUUUUUUUUUUUUCAUGCGUUUUCUCGAGCAGGGUACUCUUUUCUUUCCUUUUUUUCUAAAAAUGGUAAAUUAUCAAUUUUUUCCUUUCUUUUCUUCUUUCUUUCCUUCCUUUUUAUUUUCUUCUUUCUUUCUUUCUUUCUUUCUUUCUUUCAUUCCUUCUUUCAUUUCUUCUUUCUGUCCUUCCUUUUUUUCUUUUCUUCUUUCUUUCUUUCUUUCUUUCAUGCGUUCUCUCGAGCAUGGUCCUCUUACCUUUCCUUUAUUGCUCGAAAGAUAAAUUAUCAAUUUUUUCUUUCUUUCUUUCUUUCUUUCUUUCUUUCUUUCUUUCUUUUUCUUUUUUCUUUCUUUUCUUUUUCUUUUUUUUUUCUUUCUUUUUUUCUUUCUUUCAUGCAUUUUCUCAAGCAGUGUCCUCUUUCCUUUCCUUUUUUUCUUAAGAAGUUAAAUUAUCAAUUUUUUUCUUUCCUUUCUUCCUUUUUAUUUUCUUCUUUCAUUCUUUCUUUCUUUCUUUCUAUCUUUCUUUCUUUCUUUCUUUCUUUCUUUCAUGCGUUCUCUCGUGUAUGGCCCCAUUUCCUUUCCUUUUUUCUUAAGAUUGUAAAUUACCAACAUUUUCUUUCUUUUCUUCCUUCUUUUCUUUCUUCUUUCUUUCCUUCUUUCUUUUCUUCUUCUUUCUUUUUCUUUCUUUCUUUCUUUUUUUCUUUCUUUCUUUCAGGCCUUCUCUCGAGCAUGGUCCUCUUUCCAUUUCUUUUUUUUUUUUGA